AAGAAUGUUUGGUGUUUAGGUUAGAAGAGAGAAAAUAAUCAAAUCUCUCCAGGGUGUGGCUGGUUUUUUAAAUAAAAUAAAAUAAUUAAUUAUUGCAUGGAAUGUGUCUACUAAUUUAAAUAUUUAUUUAAAGAAACGAGGUCAGAAUAUAAAGACUUUGUACCCUAUACAAUGACUAAUAAUCUCCCAUUUCAAACCCAAAAACUAUAGUAGUAGAAUGAAGAUAAACACUGAAACAUAAAACAAUGUCCAGGCUAGCUGACUAUUUCGUUGUCGUUGGAUAUGAUUACCAAAAAGAAAGAAGUGGCACAAUAAUCCAAAGAUUCCCACAAAAAGACUGGCCAGACACCCCAUUCAUUGACGGCAUAGAAUGGUUUUGUCAGCCACAAGGAUGGACAUUGUCCACAGAAAGGCAAGAGCCCAGAUUCUUUGUGUCUGUACUAACAGACAUGGAUGCAAACCGUCACUAUUGUGCAUGUCUAUGUUUCAACGAAACAGUCUCAAUAACACCCAGCAAACCAGUUGAUGAAGAAGAAGACAAUGUUGAUGGACUAUUAAAACCAAUCCUGCCACCUUCAAUAUCGCAUAGCAGCAUCAUGUAUGCACCCAAGUGUCUGGUUUUAGUUUCCAGGCUGGAUUAUAUUGAAACUUUUAGGAAUUGUCUAGGCAUAAUGUACUGUGUCUAUGUGGAAAACAUGCCAGUCCCUUUGGAAACCCUCGUAGGCAAUAUUCUGGGUUGUAUACAAGUGCCACCUCCAGGUGGGCCUCAAGUCAGAUUUAGUAUCGGUGCUGGAGACAGGCAAGCCUUGCAACCACCCCUAUCGCCUUCCCUGCCUGUUACGCACACCUCAGUCAAUUUGCUGUUUCAGCAAUUAGGAAUUAGAAACGUGCUGACUCUAUUCUGUGCCAUAAUGACCGAACACAAAAUACUCUUUCACUCGAAAAGCUAUAAUAGAUUGACUGAAGCUUGUAGGGCUCUGACAGCACUUAUGUACCCCUUUAGAUAUACUCAUGUUUAUAUUCCCUUGCUGCCAGCUGCUUUAGUUGAAGUCUUAUCUACUCCAACUCCUUUUAUAAUGGGGGUGCAUUCGUCAUUGAGAGCAGAAGUUGCAGAACAGAUGGAUGUUAUUGUAGCUGACUUAGAUGGAGGUUCUAUAUUGAUCCCAGAUGGAAUUUCCUUGCCCUUAUUGUCAGAACCCUUGUUCAGCCACACUCAGGAAGCACUAAGCUUAAUUCUACAGCCUGAAUUAUGUUGCGCUGAUCACGCUUUUCCUCCCAUAGCUCUUAGAGCGCCUCAGCCUGUGAUGCUAGACAAGGAAAUACGUGCUGUUUUCAUGAGGACUUUUGCUCAACUAUUGCAAGGGUAUCGUAGUUGUUUGACUUUGAUCCGGAUCCAUCCAAAGCCCGUUAUAACGUUUCAUAAGGCGGCGUUUUUGGGUGAGUUUAAGGCUACAGGCGAAAGAAACUUACGAGACUGCGAUUUCACUACUAGAGUCCUAGACUGUAUGUUCUUUACAAGUUUUGUGUCGGAAAGGGGCCCGCCUUGGCGACCCUGCGACGUCUGGGACGAACUUUACAGCAACCUAAACGACAUGUUUAAAAAGGAGCAGCAAGAUCCACGUCUGGUUUUGGUACAUAUCCAGGAAUUGGCCACUCAAUUGUACACCAAUGAAAUCCCAAAUCCACAGUCUUAUGCACAAAAAAUCCCUGUGCCACCUGAUGGUGCUUUUGCCCGAAUUCAUCAGCCCGCCUUGCCUACUAUAGAUGUUGAUUUGGUACAGGCCAUUAUCAACGAGGGAAUGUCCAAAAACGAUCUCAAAACUAGUGAAGAUCUUAGUUGGCUGUCGUCUCUUAGACCCAUCCAACCCAGAAUAGUCCCAAUGGGACCGCACAUAUCCAACCUACGCGACAACAAAAAUAUCGUUAGCAAUUCAGCUAGAAGACUAGAGGUUUUAAAAAAUUGCGUAAAUUGCAUCUUCGAAAACAAAAUAUCAGAUGCAAGAAAAACAUUUCCUGCAGUUUUAAGAGCCUUGCAGUCAAAACAAGCCCGAUUAGCCUUAUGCAACGAACUGUCUCAGCAAGUAAGCGGCACCAAAGCCAUGCUGGAAGACCAGCAAUUCGAUUUGGUAGUUCGCCUAAUGAAUUGCGCCCUGCAAGACGACAGUUCCAUGGACGAGUACGGUGUUGCCUAUGCCCUUUUGCCAUUAGCUACCAUUUUUUGUAGAAAACUUUGCACCGGCAUCAUACAAUUUGCCUACACUUGCAUCCAAGAACAUCCGGUGUGGCAAAACCAGCAAUUCUGGGAAGCAGCCUUUUAUCAAGACGUGCAAAAGGAGCUUAAAGCUUUGUACAAAGAUAGCAAAGAAGUACUGAGUCCGAGAGACUGGCACAGAAAAUCUAUUUUGAAGUUGCAAGAAUCCUCAGCUCUGGAAAUUGCAGCUGAGCAAAUGCGUAUUUGGAAUUCCAUUGAUCCAGAGAAGCAAAAGGAGCUUACCACUUGCGAAGAAAACACCAUGUAUAGUCAGGCAAUUCACUAUGCUAACAGGAUGGUGUAUUUGCUGAUACCUUUGGAUGUUGGCAACAAGACUAGCAAACAAGAGGCUUACGAUGAUGAAAGAGCCAGCAAUAGUAUAGCCAAUAGUGUUGCAGAAAGUGACAGUGGAGAUGCAGAAUCAGGCUUUGAAGAUCAAGACCCUAGUGAAACUGGCAGCACAGUUAUACGGAUUGUGUCCAGGUUUAUUGACAGAGUUUGCAAUGAAGGUGGAGUUACAAGAGAUCACAUAAGGAAUCUGCACCAAAUGAUCCCAGGUGUGGUACAUAUGCAUAUUGAAACCCUUGAAGGUGUUUAUAGGGAAUCCAAGAGACGUCCCCCUAUACAAAAACCCAAAAUACUUACGCCCAAUUUGCUAAUGGGCGAAGAACUAAUCAUGGACGGUUUAAGGGUUUAUUUAUUGCCAGACGGCCGAGAAGAAAGCAUUCCAGGGCUCCUUGGGGUUCCGCCUCUGUUGCCUUCAGAAGGGGCCAUCUUCCUUACAAAUUACAGGAUUAUAUUUAAAGGCAUUCCUUGUGACUCGUUUGCUUGCGAGCAAAUCAUUGUGCGGUCAUUUCCGGUAACUUCUUUGACCAAAGAGAAAAAGGUUGCUGUGCAAUACUUGGCUCAUUUGGAUCAGUGGUUGCAAGAGGGACUGCAACUAAGAUCUUGCACCUUUCAACUAAUGAAAUUAGCAUUUGAUGAAGAAGUCACUGCUGAACAUAUAGACAAUUUGCGCAAACUAAUUCACAAAGUACGUCAUCCGCCCAAUUUUUGGCACUUUUUCGCUUUUGCAGGCCAAGUGACUGUCAAUGAAACCCCCUUGCACAAAAACAAAGAAAAACACGCCACCCUUAAAGGUUUUGCCAAAAAAACCCUACUAAAAACAGCUAGAAAAGCUGGAUUCAAACAAAAAUCCUCAUCAAAAAGACAAAAGUAUGUUUUACCCAAUGUGAGCAAAUAUAUGACCUCACCAGGAAGAAUGAGCCUGCCCUUAGAAGAUGACGAUGAUAUAUCAGUAAAUGACUUUGAACACAACCCCAUCCCAACUACCCCAACCCCCACAGAUGCAAAAACCCUAGAAAGAAUGGUGGAAAGAAGCUACGUCAGAGACUGGCAACGAUUGGGGCUUUGCAACAACACCUCUCCCCUCAACUCCAAAGGAGCCCAAUUCCGGCUGACAUCAGUUAAUUCGAUUUAUUCCAUGUGCAGAAGCUAUCCUGCUCUUUUAGUAGUACCAUCCAUAGUCACUGACGAAAGUGUGAGAAGAUUUUGUAGAUGUUCCAGACAAGGACGGAUACCUACAAUCACUUGGCGCCAUCCCAGGACUAAAGCGUUGCUUUUGAGAGGCGCAGGACAUCAUGGUAAAAGCGUAAUGGGUAUGUUAAAAAGUCAUCCUACUCCUACUGCUUCUUCAACUGAAACUACUUCAUCAAAUGAGCAAGAAAAAUACUUGUCAGCUAUUGUAAGCGCCACUCCAGUCUUUUCCCAUAGGCCUGGAUGGGCAAUGUCUGACAGUUCUUUAAGCAUUGACUCACUGUUAUUGGCCGCAGAAGAUCCUUUAGCUUGUGCCACCUUGACUCCUGAAGUAGCACGCAGAUCAAAUGCUUUUAAUAAAGCUAUAGGCACUUUGGGGGUAUUUCCACGUCAUUCUGGUGGCAAAGGACCUAGAAACUUUGGUCGUUGGGGUUCAUUGAAAGACAGACGCCAAUCAUCUCAAGCCUCCUUGAGCCAAACACCACAAUCCCGAGCCACAAUAAGACAUUCUGCUGAUUUGGACAAUACUUCAGAUAGCGUGCAUACCUUGCAAAGGGCCGCACUGUACAUUUUAGGCGAAAAGGCCCAAAUGAAGGGCAUCCGUAUGGAGUCGGCUCCUAAAUCAGACUACAUCCCUGUGGAUUAUUUUGAUGUCAGGCACACAAAGGCUGCCUUCAAGAAAUUAAUGCGAGCCUGUGUGCCAAGUUCUCAAAAUGUUGAACCUGAACACAGCUUUCAUAAACUUAUAGAAAACUCUGAAUGGUUGCAACAAAUACAAAAUAUUAUGCAAUUAGCUGGGGCAGUUGUUGAUUUGUUGGAUUUGCAAGGCUCCAGUGUUGCUAUUUGUUUGGAAGAAGGCUGGGAUAUUACUGCGCAAGUGGCUUCUGUAGCUCAACUAUGUCUUGACCCACAUUACAGAACUAUUGAAGGCUUUAGAGUACUUGUAGAAAAAGAGUGGAUUGGGUUUGGGCAUAGAUUUAGUCACAGGAGCAAUUUGAAUGCCAACUCACAAGCUAGUGGUUUUGCACCUACAUUUCUACAAUUUUUGGACGCAGUCCACCAAAUCCAAAAACAAUAUCCGCUGGCAUUUGAAUUCAACGACUUCUACUUAAGAUUUUUGGCUUACCACUCCGUAUCUUGCCGUUUCCGCACCUUUUUAUUUGACUGCGAAGCGGAACGAGUCGAAUCGGGCGUGGCCGCUGUAGAAGACAAACGCGGCUCGUUGACUUCGCAUCAUAAAACUGUCGACACUACUUCUGACGAUGAAAAUAUUUAUCCUGGUGGUAGAUUAUGCGGUACUAGUCAAGGUACCAACCUAGGCCAAAGCGUGUUUGACUACAUUGAAAAACAACACGCCAGGAAUCCGUUGUUUUUUAAUUUCAUGUACACUCCAGAUUUUGAGCAUCCGGUUUUGAGGCCUCAAAGCCAUUUACCUUGUUUGGAAGUUUGGGAUUAUUACCUAAAUGAGGAUUUACAUCACGGGCCCAGUUACGAUCCAGAAGUUAUUCAAAUGGACACUCAGCAAGAGGAAGAAAUUGAAGCAGCUGAUGGUUCUAGUAAAUCUUCCAGGAAAAAUGUAGCAUUAGGCUAUGACUGCAUCAACAAAGUAGUUCCAGAUGCCUUCAGCCAUUUACUUGAGGAAAUCCACAAAUUGGAAACCGAUUUGGGACAUUUGCCGCAAAAAUGGAAAGUCCUGUGGGACAAACUGGAUUUGCCAGUGACUGAUUCGCUAACGCGGCAUGCCUCUUUUAGUACGGCUCUGGUGCGUCAUCACGGCCGUUUGGUGCACAAACGUUCGACUUUGGAAAUUCUGAUGCGAGGCAAAAUGGUGGGGGCAGCUGAAGCUUCUCUAGUCUACUCUCACCCACACAGAUUUGAACGCUACAACUAUACUACUCCUACACAUUGCGACACUUGUUCCAAUUUGUUGUGGGGCCCAGUCAAGACUGGUAUGAGGUGUAUGGAUUGUGGUUAUAGUUGCCACGAAAAGUGUAUAGAAGGAGUGCCUAAUAAUUGUACCAAGUACAAGGCUAUUUCAGACACUACAGCUUCGCAAACUAUGCAAGUUAGCACUGGCGAUAAUGGAUCUGUUAGUUCAGGUAGCGCACGUCAAACGUCUAGUCAGCAAUACUAUGAACAAUUCUCGUCAAAUGUGGCAGAAAAUCGCACUCACGAAGGCUAUUUGUAUAAAAGGGGUGCUUUGUUAAAAGGCUGGAAGCAGCGCUGGUUUGUUUUAGACUCUAUCAAACAUCAGCUGAGGUAUUAUGACGCUAUGGAGGAUUCACAUUGUAAAGGAUUCAUUGAUUUAGCAGAAGUUAUGUCAGUCAGUUCAGCAACGCCUGCUCCGGGCCCUCCAAAGAAAACCGACGAUAAAUCAUUUUUUGAUCUUCGUACUAGUAGACGCACUUACAAUUUCUGCGCAUCAGAUUCAGCUUCAGCUCAGGAAUGGAUCGAAAAGAUCCAGGCUUGCCUCCAAUAAGCGAAAACUACUCUCUCAGAAUCCAAAGUUUAGGUUUAGAUUUGAUAUUAACAAAAUGUUUAUUUUUUAUGUUACGUUGUUGAUGUUGCAAACAUUGAAUAAUGAUUAAGUAAGAAAAUGUUUUAUGUUUUGUAGUUAUUUAUGUGCCUGCACAAUUUAUUUUCCGUAUGAUAUUAUUAUUGAAUUUUUUAUUUUUUUAUAUGUAUAUUAUUAUUAUUAUUAGAUUGUAACGAUUUAGCAAAUUCAACAAACGCUCAAAAUAAUAAAGUCUU